AUGGUGGUGAAAAAACCAAAGAUUGUGAUAAUUGGAGCCGGAAUGGCGGGCCUAACAGCCGCAAACAAGCUCUACACUUCAACAGCUUCAAAGGACUUAUUCGAGCUUUGUAUCGUCGAAGGCGGAACAAGAAUCGGCGGGAGAAUCAACACGUCUGAAUUCGGCGGUGACAGAAUCGAGAUGGGAGCUACAUGGAUCCAUGGAAUUGGUAAUAGUCCAAUUCACAAAAUAGCUCUGGAAACGAAUUCGCUUCAUUCCGAACAACCUUGGGAGUGCAUGGACGGAAACAACAACGACGAAUCCGUUGUUACAGUUGCUGAAGGGGGUUUUCAUCUUCAGCCUUCCAUUGUUGAGCCUGUUUCAAAGCUUUUCAAGAGCCUCAUGGAGUAUUCGCAAGGGAAGUUAACUAAAGAGACUGCGAAAGGUGAGGUUUUAAGUUACUAUAACAUGGCUGCUAAAGCUUCUUCUUCGAGCUUUGGCUCGAAGAAGAAUCUUAGUAUUGGUUCUUUCUUGAGACAAGGUCUUGAGGCUUAUUUCGAGUCGGUGAAAGAAGGAGAUGAAGUUAAUGAGAAUAAUGAUUGGAACAAGAAGUCGCUGGAAGAAGCGAUUUUCUCAAUGUAUGAGAAUACGGAAAGGACUUAUACAUCGGCCGGUGAUUUGGAGUGUUUGGAUUAUGAAGCUGAAAGUGAGUAUAGAAUGUUUCCAGGUGAAGAAAUCACAAUUGCUAAGGGCUAUUUGAGUAUAAUUGAUUCUAUAGCUUCUGUUUUACCACCUGGUUUGGUUCAAUUAGGUAGAAAAGUCCGAAAAAUUGAAUGGCAGCCGCAGAAAUUGUGCCCGGAACAUGAUUAUGAUUAUGAGAGAAAUAAUUUUUUUAGGCCAGUUAAGCUACAUCUCUGUGAUGGAUCUGUUAUGUAUGCAGAUCAUGUUAUUGUUACUGUUUCACUCGGAGUUUUAAAAGCUUCGAUUUCUCAUGAUGAUGACGAUGACGAUGAUGUUGAUGAUGACGAUGUUAAAGGUAUGUUAUUCUGUCCUAAGCUUCCGAAUUCAAAAGUUGAAGCGAUUUCGCGGCUUGGUUUUGGUGUUGUUAACAAGUUGUUUAUGCAAUUGAGUAAUUCAACAACUACAAAACAUGAUGUUUCUUCAAAAGGCUCAUUUCCUUUUCUUCAAAUGGUGUUUCAUUCGCCUCAAAACGAAACACGGGACAAGAAAAUACCGUGGUGGAUGAGAAAAACCUCGACACUUUUUCCUAUUUACAACGAUUCAAGUGUUCUUUUGUCGUGGUUUGCUGGCGAAGAAGCAUUGGCGCUUGAAUCGCUCAAAGACGAAGAGAUUAUGAAAGGCGUUGUAUCAACUGUUUCAAACUUUGUACCACCUCAUUCGAAAUCAAUAAGCAAAGUUUUGACGAGCAAAUGGGGAACAGAUCCUUUGUUUUUAGGAUCAUACAGUUACGUUGCGGUUGGAUCGAGUGGCGAAGAUUUGGAUACAAUGGCGGAACCUUUGCCAAUGAAGAUGAAAGAUGAUAACAAUAGUUUUUCAUAUGAUCCACUUCAGAUUUUGUUUGCAGGAGAAGCAACUCAUAGAACUCAUUAUUCAACAACUCAUGGAGCUUAUUUCAGUGGUCUUAGGGAAGCUAAUAGGCUUCUUCAACAUUAUCAUUGUGCUGGGAUUUUGAACAAUUAG